AUGGUUCGAGCAAGCCAGUUGUUGACAUGGCUCGUUGGGGCCGCGUCGGCAGUGAAUGCCGCUGCCAUUGAAGUUGCUCCAGAGGCUCUCGUUGAUCGAGGUCUGGAUGUGUCCGUGGAUCUCGACCUUACUUUCGGCCAAUGCCAUCCAGUCCUUCGCAAGCAGGACUUUUGGAUGGAGACGAUCAAGCAUACUGGCAUCUCUCCAUUCCUCAACGACUCCUCAUACACCGUGUACCGCAACGUCAAGGACUUUGGUGCAAAGGGCGAUGGUAAAACAGACGAUACUGCGGCAAUUCAAGCUGCGAUUGACGCUGGCGGACGCUGCCUCUGGGGAUGCGGCCCAGGAGAUCCUCCCGCAAAGACUCUCAAGCCAGCCCUCAUCUACUUCCCCUCUGGCACAUACAAGAUCUCGCGCACGCUCAACAGCUACAUCUUCACUCAGCUCGUCGGCAACCCGCUGGACAGGCCCGUCCUCAAGGCCGACAAGAACUUCUCCGGCCUCUAUCUCCUCGACACGUUCCCCUCUCCCACCACUUCGCCGUUCCCCACGACCAUCAACCUGUACUACCAAGUCCGCAACUUUGUGUUUGACACCACCAGUGUCGAUGUCAAGUCGUCUGUGGCGUGCGUCAACUGGCCGUCCGCCCAGGCCGUGACGCUGAGCUUCAACCACAUGAAGAUGGCCGAGAACAGUAUGCACCAGGGUGUUGUUUUCAACGGAACAACUGGCGGCGGCGGCGGCUCUGCUACCUUUAUGGGCGACUUGGAGUUCACUGGAGGAAACAUCGGUAUUCGGCUGAACAACCAGCAGUACGCGAUGCGCGCUUUGACGUUCAACAACGUCAAGACGGGCAUCCAGAUUGACCACAUCUUCACGCUGUCUCUCCAGGGCGUCAAGUUCAACAACGUCAACGUCGGAGUCAACUUCACAGCUCCGCCCAACAACUCCGUCGGAUCCGUCAUUCUCAUCGACUCAGAAGCCACCUCCACCGACAAAGUCGUCGUUUCCCAACACACAAAGAAUGCAGACGGAGCUCUCAUCAUCGAGAACCUCAAGAUCAACCGUGUUGGACACGUUGUUGCCGACACCCAAGGCGCUUCUCUUGUGUCAGGAUCAACCCGUUCUACCACGAUCAAGUCUUACAUCCAAGGAACUGUGUACAAGGACGAGACGACCGGCAAGUACCUCGAGACCAGCGGCUCGCUGUCACGGCCCCAAGCCCUCGUCGACUCGAGCGGUACUUACUGGGCAAAGUCACGUCCUCAGUACGAGCAGUACAGCUCCGGCUGCUUCUCCAGUGUUCACGACUUUGGCGCCAAGGGUGACGGCAAGACGGAUGCCACAAAGGCCAUCAAUGCCGCGCUCAAGGCGAAUGCCAACCGACGGAUCACGUACUUCCCUGCUGGAAACUACCGUGUCAGCGGCACCAUCCACGUCCCGGUUGGAUCGAGGAUUGUCGGCGAGGUCUGGUCCACCAUCAGCGCAUAUGGAAAGGCAUUCGAAGACGAAAAGAACCCGCAAGUCGUCUUCAAGAUGGGCGAGACGGGCUCCCGCGGCAUCCUCGAAGUGACCGACAUUGCAUUCGACGUGGCCGACGUCCUCCCCGGUGCCAUCCUCGUCGAGAACAACGCUUCCGGCUUCAGGCCCGGCGACGUCGGUCUCUGGGACACGCACUUCCGCGCCGGCGGCACAAUCGGCUCAGCCGUCGAGACCAAGUGCCGCUCGUAUCCUCAGUCGCCCAUUGAUCAGUGCAAGGCCGCCUUCUUGUUUAUGCAUCUCAAGUCCAACAGCCAGACGUACAUGGAGAGCGUCUGGGGCUGGUCGGUCAACCGCGAUCUGGACGGCUUGAGCGGCGCCACGAACGGGACCAGCCAGUCUGUUGCUGUCGGACGAGGCCUCCUUGUUGAGUCCAAGCGCGGAACCUGGCUGGUUGGCACUGCGUUUGAGCAUUUCGUGCUGUACCAGUAUCAGUUUGUGGGUGCGCAGAACGUUCACGCUCUGAUGGCGCAGACGGAGACGGUGUACUGGCAGCCUGCUCCUGCAGCUCCCGCGCCUUGGACACCUGACGCCCGUUACUCGGAUCCCGACUACUCCAACUGCGAUGGAAGCGCGCUGCAGUGCCUCAUGGGCUGGUCUCUCCGCGUCGUCGGCGGAAGCGACAUGACCUUUUACGGAUUGGGUUUCUGGCAGUUCUUCAACGGCCUCAACGGUGUUUCGGGCCCCUAUGCUCAAGACAACAUCGUCUCCAUCGAAGGUCAGCCCAAGCGGUUGAAGAUUUACAAUCUCGGAACGCACUUGGUCAAGAACAUGGUGACUGUCAAUGGUCAAGCGGCUGCGCUCAGUGCGGAUAACAAGGGUGGCUGGGGCGGUCUUAUUGCAGCCUAUCUGCCUUUUGCAUAG